AUGUUUGUUUCAGCUGCAGUGUGGUGCCUGGUGCUGGCCGCACCGGACUCGGUCUCGGCACAUGACGUAGAUGUCCUGCCGUAUGUGCUGGGAACCGUUACCCGGCCGCCCGAGUGGAUCGCAGAACACAACAGAAAGGAUCGCAAAAGGUUCAAAGAGGCUACAUGCUCCUUUGGCGCUGUAGGACUGGUGAGCAACUUGGCAAGGUUGAGUUUCCAGAUGAAGAACAUCGUGGAGCAGUGUCCCAAGUCUGCAGAGGACACGCUGUCACACCAACCGGGGGACGAGGCUACUAUUGCGGAAAAGGUGUGUUUGCUAAGCACCACAGCCAUCUUCUCAUCGUUGGCACAGAUUUCUCGCUCCAUCGUCGUCCUGGCGUCGACCUGCACAAGGACAGCUUCUGUAGCCGAGGCUUGCGCUGCUUCGGUGCAGACAUUGCUUGUGCCUUGGUCCUUGAUCAUCGACGGGGGCGUCAUCAUCUCGGCAGUGUGUGAUAAAGCAGUCUCCGACGCAGACCUUCUUCCGAAGGGAAUUCAGCCCGGUCGACGGCUGACCGGUAUGGAGUUGCCCAAGUCGAGGCAAGCAGACAUAGCCCAGUGUGUGUUCGAUGCGGUGGAUGCCAGCCGCGCGAUUGCAUCCAUCGGGCUUUCCUUGGAUUUGGUGAGCAGGUCAUGCCCUGUCAAUCGAAUCACACGUUUCACUGAAAAGCUGAGCACGGCUGCCUGCACCGUCGAUGUUUCCAUCCUUCUGACGGCUUUCACCAAGCUGUCAUUUUAUCUGGCCCUGGCCGUAAAUCAUUGCUCCCCGUACAAGGAACGAGAUGCUGUCUGCCUGGCGGGCGUCACCGCCAUCGCAGCCGGGCUCAGCACGGCCUCUGCCGGUGGUGCAGGGGCCUGGGCCACCUGCGAAGUGGGCAACAAGAACAAGCUGAUCAAAGAGGCCGCGGCCAGGGAUGCAGCCCAAGCCGAGGAAGCCGAGGAAGAAGUGCAGGCUGCCAUUCUCAAGGCUGCACCCUUCAAUGUCGUCCGCAGGCUCCGCGAAGAGAACUCCAGUGGUAGCGAAGUGAGACGAUUGGAGGAGACCUUUCUCCGUCUCGGCUACAAUCUCUCGGAUGACCAGGCCGACUGGUUACAGGAAAGCAGCGAGAUCUUGGAGCUGCGCAGCUUCGCAGAUGAUGUCGUCAGGCAAAUGCAGACCUUCAGGCCUGUACAGCCUGCCCAAGAAAUGGACACUCUCAAGCUGGAGCUGUCAGAGCUAUCCGAGAUUCCGGCGGUGCCCGCCGAUCUACACAACGAGUCUGAGACCUUGCAAUGCAGCACGAACACCGCAGCUUUGGAGUUCAGAAGCGGGCUCGCUGGCCAGGCCCCGACGCUCGAAGACAACGUCUCAGCCUGCCAAGCGCGCUGCUCCAGGAUUCCCAGCUGUGCAGCCUUCGCGUACUGGACUCCGGGGCGCCAAUGCCAUGCAUUGGGCCACCUCCGAAUGCCAACUGCAAGGCCACAUGGGAAAGACGGCUGGGUCUCUGGGCCUCCGGGUUGCCGAGAGGAGCAAGUCAGUGCAGCCGCACGGGUGCUUGCAACACGUCAUCGAGACUGCUACCAUCCGCAUGCUUCGUAUCAUCCUGUACUGGAGACGACUGAGCCUCAAUUUGUGCAGUCUGCGCUACAUUGCCAAGAGUGGUGCCAGAGGGAAAGGCACUGCGCUUAUUUUUCCUAUUUUACCCUUUCCGGGCUCUGCUCUCUUUCCGCAGCAUCGGCGACAAAGCUCCAGCCGGUGCUGAACUUCGUGGCAGGGCCGCGUGCCUGCUCUGAUCUCGUUGGCUUGGCCAAAGAGCCAGAAUUUGAGCUUUGGCAGCUUCCCAAAGAGUCAGCUUUAGGCUAUGCCCCCGCCGGACUAGUUAUAGUGGCAGUGGCUCUGACCCUUGCUGUGUCAUUCUUCAAGGGGUUGCCCUGCCGAAAAAGUUUUGAAUGUUUUGAGCGCAGCUUCACACCUGUACCACAGGCUCAGCCAGAUGAUGCUGGGUCAGUUCUGUUGGAGGAGCACAUGCAGCGAGUGAUCGCAGCGGAGAUCAGUGACAUGCUGACACGGUGCAAAGCCGAGCGCUUUGACUUUGAGCAGAAUCUGCGCGAGCUCGAAGAAGUGCAGGCGCGACUACGGGCGCUCAUCGUAAAGGCUGGAGAGCAGGAGAUGCGGGUGACGACCAAAGCUGGAGCCGCCCGCAAAGAAGGCGAUGCGGCGGUUGAGGCUGAUUUGGCUCUGGACUGGUCCCUCCCAUCCCUGCCGCUGGACGUUCUGAAUGCGAUCCUCUGGUGCCUUGAUUGUGACAGCCUGCGCCGUGCGAGCAGCUGUUGCAAAGAGUGGGGCUCCAACGUUGAGGAGCGCUGGCUCCGACUCCUUCGAGCGGAUUUCGGCACCACAGCCACCAGCAUGCAGCGAUCACAGGGCCGGAAGCCGGCGGCAACCUCCCUGGCUGAGUACCGUGGGCGCCUCCGCCGAUUCCGGGCAAUGCUGGGGACGCUAGAGAUCCUCAAAGGCAGUGGGUGCCCCACUGGCGUCACUGGUUCGGCAUCGCGACGCCGGCUCUUUGAGGCUUUGGAGAUGCUAGCAGAUCUCGGAGCCGUCUGGGAGAGCAAUGCAGUGUACCCUUCGAAGGUGCCAGGCAUCUUGAGGAGCUCAGAGGCCUGGCGGACCUUGCUGGCCCUGCUGGAAGAUGACAGCCCACACCUGCAGUGGCUAGCUGUGCGCUGUCUCGCUGACUUGGCCGCCUCCCCAGAAGCUCAAGAAGCCGCCGAAGGCGAGACUUGUCUCCGGCUGCAGAUUCGGGAAGAGGUUGUCCGGAAAGGUGUGCUUGUGCGCGCCCUGCUGGAGGGUGAUGACAUCGACCUAGUCGAG